UCGCGAUGACGAAGGCAAGGCGCGGGGUACGCUCAGCCGCAGCCCGAGGCCCUCAGCUUGCAUCCAGACAAUGGCGAGAUCUCUGCUGUCGCAGACCAAAGGGGAGGCUGUGCUUGGCUCAGAACCAGGCUUGAGGUGGCACGCGGACAUGUCUUCCUGCACCCGACCUUACGUUUUCUGAACCCACAUGGAGACCCCCGGCCUCACAGGACAGUCUCAGAAGGACUCAUUGAACCAGGUGCAAUCCCCUAACCGCCUUCCGCGGGGACUCUGAUACGAACUUCACGUAGCCCGCGUGGCGGGUCGGCCCCGCCCCCAGAGUCCCGUCUGGAGGCGUGGCCAGGGACGUCUGGAGGCGUGGCCAGGGACACCGGAAGCACCGCCCUCGGACCAUGGCGACUCAGGCGAAGCGCCGGCGGGUGACGAAGCCUGUUGGCGGCGGCGACGACGACGACCUGGGCCUGGACCCAGUGGCUGGCUUCCUGAGCUGGUGCAGGCGCGUCGGGCUGGAGCUGAGUCCCAAGGUGGCGGUAAGCCGGCAGGGCACGGUCGCCGGCUACGGCAUGGUGGCCCGGGAGACCGUGCAGCCCGGAGAGCUGCUGUUCACGGUGCCGCGGGCCGCGCUCCUGUCGCAACACACCUGCUCUAUCAGCGAGCUGCUGGAGCGAGAGCGAGGCGCGCUGCAGAGCCAGUCGGGCUGGGUGCCCCUUCUCCUGGCGCUACUCCACGAGUUGCAGGCCCCGGCCUCACCCUGGAGCCCCUACUUUGCGCUCUGGCCCGAGUUGGGCCACUUGAAGCACCCUAUGUUCUGGCCCGAGGAGGAGCGCAGGCGGUUGCUGCAGGGGACAGGGGUACCUGAAGCCGUGGAGAAGGAUUUGGCCAACAUCCGCAGCGAGUACUAUUCCAUCGUGCUGCCCUUCAUGGAAGCCCACCCCCACCUUUUCAGCCCCAGGGUUCGCUCCUUGGAACUCUACCACCAGCUCGUGGCGCUCGUGAUGGCCUAUAGCUUUCAGGAACCACUGGAGGAAGAGGACGAUGAAAAGGAGCCAAACCCCCCUUUGAUGGUGCCUGCUGCAGACAUACUGAACCACUUACCCGAUCACAAUGCCAAUCUAGAAUACUCUCCAAAUUAUCUUCGGAUGGUGGCUACUAAGCCCAUUCCUAAGGGCCAUGAGAUCUUCAACACGUAUGGGCAAAUGGCUAAUUGGCAGCUGAUUCAUAUGUACGGUUUUGUUGAACCAUACCCUGACAACACAGAUGACACAGCUGACAUUCAGAUGGUGACGGUUCGUGAAGCAGCAUUACAGGGAACAAAAGCUGAAGCUGAAAGGCUCCUGCUCCUCGAACGCUGGGAUUACUUAUGCAAACUGGAGAUGGUAGGGGAAGAGGGAGCCUUUGUGAUUGGGUGGGAAAAAGUGCUGACUGAAGAGGAACUGACUACCACACUAAAGGUAUUGUGCAUGCCUACUGAGGAGUUCAGAGAAAUUAAAGACCAGGACGGUUGGGGAGAUGAUGAAAGGGAAGAGGACAGCCUGACAAUGACAAAUAUCCCCAAGCUCAAAGAAUCAUGGAGACAGCUUCUUCGGGACAGUGUUCUGUUGACCCUGCAAACCUAUGCCACAGACUUAAAAACUGAGCAAGAUUUACUCAGUAACAAGGAGGUCUACACCAAACUCAGCUGGAGGGAACAGCAGGCCUUACAGGUUCGUUAUGGUCAGAAGAUGAUUUUACACCAGUUGCUGGAACUGACAAGUUAAGCUAAGCGGAUUCUCUAGUGCCUAAAGGAACAUCCAUGAAGACUUCAUUAUAAGCCAAGUUCACUGAUGCCCGAAAAGAAGGAAAAUUUGGAUCUUUUCUCUCUUAUGAAAUACCAAAAGGAAAAGGAGCAAAAGUGUGCUAGGAUGAACUGUGAAGUAAGGAGACAGGUCUAAUAAGGAUUGGGAACGGCACACUUGGGAAUCACUGCUAAUUGUCACCAAGACCAAUACACUUUUUUGUUGUUAUUACCAUUGUUGUUAUUUAAAAAAAAUUUUUUUAGACCAAUACACUUUUUGUUCUCAGUUUGAACCAAAGUUAGCAGAAAUGUGAUUGUGAUAGUAAAAGGUCCUGUUGAAUAACAGACUAUGAAAGUAGACCUGGUUAAAACUGAGGUCUAUUUUGAGCAUGUUGCUCUAAUUUUAAAGACUGUGUUUCCUGUUAGAGAAUUUAAUACUGGUACUCAGAGCAUUUGUUUGAAUUCCACAGCAGUCUGAAGUUUGCUCUACCUGGCACAACUCACCCCCAGAGAAGAAGUCCUAGACACCCAUGACAUUCAA